UGUUAGUGCAGCGGGCGUCAACGGACCACACGGAAGGGACCAAAGUUUUUGCUGACAAACAUGACGUCAGCUGGCGGAGCCCGUCAAUGCGGUAGUGACAGCGGAGGAACGCGCUGACUGGCAAAGCAAUCUGGACUGGCCAAACCAGACACUAAAACAAAACUUAAAACCCGGGCUGAAGGCUAUCGGCAGAGAGCCCGAGGCCGCAGAACAGCAUGGGGAACGCAGAGAGCGGCUGUGGCGCUGGAAGCGGCGAUGAAGAGGAUGUAGAAACGGAGAGCCCGGUUUUCGCCGAGGGCAGCCCGGCCUCUGCGGCCACAGGCACCAGGGCUGGCAGCGGAGGUGCAGGCGGUGGCGGUGGCGGAGGAGGCUCCGCUCCGGGGAGAAGCGGAAGAGGAUCCGCGAAUAUGCCGGCGCCUAGCUACGGUCUCCCCACCCCCGAAGCUCUGCUAGAGCAGGUAAAGCUGAGAGAGGCAGCGGCCCGUAUGAGCGACUCGUGGGUCGCCAUUUCAGAGUCGGUGCUGGCGCGAAACGACAGCGCUCUGGUGCGCUGGCUGGAGGAGCGGCUGAGCCGCGGAGAGGAGUCCGUCACCCUGGAGCAGUUCUGCGAGAUGCUGGAGAGCAGAGAUGCGCCCAGAGAGGAUUGCGAAGAGGCCUUUGGUCAGUUUGAUGCUGAGGGCGAUGGAAUUGUUGAUGUGGAGAACAUGCUGAUGGUACUGAAGAACUCCAAUGGAGCCAAUCUGCAGGGAGAACUCAGUCAUGUGAUCAGGCAGCUCCAGGCAUGCUCUCUGACACCAGGAUUUGUGGAUAUCUUUUCCAAGUCCAAGGACCGUCUUAAAGCACAUGCCUCCAAGGUCCUGAAGUUUUUGCACAGGAACCGCAUCCCCAGCAGUGCCAUCCCAUUCCCUGUGCUGGAGGGCUACAACAGCAUCUGUACGAUGAGGUCAUCUGUAGUGCAGGACUUCCUGGAUUGUCUGCUGCAGAAAGAGAAAGAUCUAGACAUCCAGUACAGGUCAGAACUGAAUCAUGACCCUGACGUGGAUAAGGUCAAAGUGGUCACGCAGUGUUACAGCUUUAUCGAGGCUUCGUCCAACAGUGCUGACAUCCCCAAACUGACCAAUGGAGAGACUGUGUCUUUCUGGCAGUCGGACGGCAGCGCUCGCUCACACUGGAUAAGGUUAAAAAUGAAGCCAGACAUAGUAUUGAGACGACUGGCCAUUGCAGUAGCGUCAAAUGACCACAGUUACAUGCCUCAGCUUGUGUCCAUAGCUGUGGGGAAGAACCAGCGAUCCUUGCAGGAGAUCAGAGACGUGAGGAUCCCGAGUAAUGUCACGGGAUACGUACCGCUGCUGGACAACGCCAACAUCACCCAUCCCUAUAUUCAGAUAAACAUUAAGCGCUGCCUGAGCGAUGGCUGUGACACACGUAUUCACGGUCUGAAGACAAUGGGCUACCAGAUCACCAAGAGCAAGGAGGUCUCGGUAUCCGACGCCUCGGCUAUAUGGUAUCUGUCACUGCUCACAUCUCUGGUCACUGCUUCCAUGGAAACCAACCCGGUGCUUGCACAGACCGUCUUACAGAGCACACAGAAAGCCUUACAGCAUAUGCCACCCCUGUCGUUAACGCCGUCUUCAACCGAGUUCCCUAAAUUCUUCUCUGCAAAUAUUCUAGAAGAGGUGGAUGGAUUUUUACUGCGCAUAGCAGACUGCUGUGUUUCUCCUGAGGCUGAACUGACUCUUCUAGCAUUUGCUCUGGCACGAGGCAGCGUGGCUAAAGUCCUCAUCUCUCUGUCUGGUGUCUGCCAGCAUCAGGACUCUGAAUAUAGAGCAUCCGCAUUGCUGGCCUCCAUGGCGUCAGUCCGGCUCAGAUUGCUCUUCCGGAAUGGUAAACCCCUUCAGCUCCAUCUUCAGGCGUGUGAUGUCAAAAGUAAAGAGGAGAAGUCUGGUCCAGAAAACAUGCUAACAGAACCCAACACUGGUGACGGUUUCCUGACAGAGAACGGAAAGAGGAAAGCCAGUGUGAUUCUGUCCACUGAAAACCAGAGCUGCUUUCAGGUCACACAGAUCAAGAUGAAAGUGCGUAAAGGGGCAAUCGGUGCUAAAUGCGGCCUGGUGUUUGCGUACAAUGACAACGAGGCCUUUGAUGCAGAAAAACACUUCAAACGAUUCAAAAAGUAUGAUAGCUGGGACUACAAAGACUACAAAGAAUUUUUCCAAGACAGCACAAGGACAUCAGGGAAGAGUGAAGAUGAUCCGCUGGGCUGGUUUGAGCUGGAGGAGGACUGGAAUGACGUGGAUAUCAAGCUACAGCAAUGUCGAGUAUCCAAAUUCCUCAUGGUGAAGUUCCUGUGCACUAGGCAGGACACAGCAGAGCGGUUGGGGGUUCAACAGAUGUGUUUUAGUGGCUAUUUGUGUCCAGACUUGGAGCGGCUAGAGGAUGUUGAGGAUCUGAGCUUUCAGACAGAGGAUAACAAGUCAGGCCUGGUCACAGGUCUCACACUCAUGAAGAAGACCCUUUAUUUCAUCCAGCAGCUCACCAGAGACAUGGAAGCCACUUUGUCCAAGCAGAAGUCCCUUCUUGACUUCAGUGACCUUAACCUGCUUCUGUUCUGGGAUUUUUACCGCAAACUCAGGUCAAUUGAGGGAGAGGAGGCAUUGAAGACACGGGUUCUUCUGCUUCAGCUGCUUCAGAACUGCUUCUCGAUGAUGCCCAACCUGACAGAGUCCCAGUCCUCAGAGACAGCGACCUCAUCGUCAGCAUCAGCGUCUGCCUCGCCCUCAUGCAGAGCAGACGUACACCCUGCUGAAGCUGUCGGGGAGCUUUACAAUCACUUGUGUCAAGUGGUGGAUGGGCCUGAAGGUGAGACUGCGGUGGAGAAAGCUCUGAGGAAAGAAGCUGUGAAAGCCAUUCUCAAUGGAGCUGCUAUCUUUUAUCCUAACAAACAGAGCAGGAGAGACAAGCUCUUUCACAUGAUGAAAAACAUAACAGAGGAAAAUCAACCAGAGUCUGUGAAACUAACAUUCGAAUCACUCUGCAAUUACUUCAGCGAUCAGGACCCCAGAGGUCUUCUCUUGCUGCCCCCUAAAGGAGCCCUGUCUGACUUCAAUAUCUCACCCAUUCUGACAGUCAUGGACACUAUGCUCAUAGUAGCCACUGGAGAGUGUGAGGUGUUGAUGCAAGAGUCCAGAAAAGGGUCUAUUUGGAGGGUCCUGCUGUCGCUGUUCUGGGCUCUCCAGGGAAGUCUGCUCUCCUGGUGUUUCUUGCAGAUCAAAGGAGGAACAAGCACCUCUGCUGAACUGGCUCGGGAAAUCCUGCUCAAAUAUGUGGAGCAGUUCCUGGACGGCACCAGAAACAUACUGAGUUCUCUUAUCAACCGCUUCUCUGGAGCCGAUAUCACAGAAAAACUCAACGGAUCCAUCCUGGCCAUGGCGACCCGGCAGCUGACAAUCUUUCUGUUGGAGUUGUGUGCUCUGGAUAUUCCUCAUUGUGUGCUGCUGAGGAGAUUCUACCCUCUUGCAGGCCUGUUGAAGAAUCUGGCCAACGACACAGAGGAGAUCUUCUGUAAGGUUGAUAUGGAAGGCUCUCAGCAGACUCAGCAGCCUGUCGUGUUGAGGACGUGGAACAUGGAGUCCCCUCAUAACUAUGAGAACAGCAGACAUGAGACCACCAUUUUCGUCUGUCCUGGAGCCACGUCCUUUGAGGUGGAGUUCGAUGAACGCUGUGAAACAGAGAAAAGAUACGACUAUCUGGAGUUCACUGAUGCUAGAGGAGGAAAAGUGAGAUAUGACAUGAAAGUUGGCACAGAGAAAUGGCCAAAGAAAGUGACCUUUAAAGCGGGUCCCCAGCUGCAGUUUCUCUUCCACUCAGACAGCAGUAAUAACGAGUGGGGUUACAAGUUCACUGUGACAGCGUACGGCCUGCCAGACGUCACCGUGUCCUGGACCUCUGACAUGCAGCUGCUUGUGUCCAGACUGAUGGGUCGUCUGGCCUCACGCACAAUGGCUUUAAAAUCACCUUACGAGAUCCGCGGAGUGAAGGAGUUGCCUGCAGGCGUGAUGAACCAUGUGCUGUCUUCUCCUCUCUGGAAGCCUGUGUUCAGACAUGGUCUGAGUCAGUUUCCCAAAGAUGCGCCCAGCGCAGACACUGAUCAGGAAGCAUCAUCUCCUUCAGCAGAUGAAUUGGUGGAGUUCUUGAGGGAGUUUUCAAGUUGGGAUCCUUCACAGGAUGCCUCUGACGGCAGGACAGAGCUCAUGAGAGCUCUUAUGAUGACCUGCAAGAAGCAGCCAAUCAGAAACGAGAUUGCUGCGGGAUCAAAAGUGGACCAGGCUGUGAAUGCCACGUGGGGGGCAAUGAUGUAUCACACACCUGCGCUUCACCAUAGUCUCAGGAGCUUUGUAUCUAAAAACGGUCAGAGCGGUCUUAGUGAAGACAUCCUGCAGGUCUACUCCCUGGCCGACAGCAUCAGAACAUGGAUGUUGGAGAUGAAACAGCGUUACCUUGUGGGUAAAAUGAAUGAACCAGCGGAAAAAGAGGAAGGACAGAAUGAGGUUACGAUGGAGUCACUUGCUGAGAUCUGCAUCAGUAGAAGUUUGUUCCUCUUUAAAUUCAGCCCAACUGGUGGAAACUCUUCUCCAGAACAAGAAGCUUCCAAACCAGAAGAGGGCGCCUGCGCUGCUCAUCUUCUCCGAUCCGUUUCCACAUCCGAAGCAGACUUCCAGCCCAGCCCCUCUCCCUCCAUCUCGCAGACCCCCGAGGGCACAGAAGCAGCGACACCCACGGGGCUCGCUCCCCGGGCACAGGACCUGGGCUUCUCUGCAUCAGGCGAGGCCGGGCCUUCCAGCAGUGUCAGUACACAGGUUUCCGGAGGAUCCUCCGAAAGCCUUCAGUCUCAAAUAGGAGAGCCCACAUCUCCGUUAGUCUUCCCACGUAAAGCACCUUUCAGUCGGGGACGCCUGAGGCUCCUUUCCUUACGGUCUUUGGAGGAACCUCGCAUGGCGCCGCCUGUUAAAGAGCGUUUCCCUAUUCUCAAACACAUUCUCAGCUUUAUGAAGGACAUGGUUAUCAGUGAAAGCAGUGUUCUUCAUACUCUUGCCCUGAAAAAGGCCCAGGCACUGAGCGUGUGAGAGGUUCUGGAGAUCAUUCAGCAGUGCAUACUCACCCUGGGGAAAUCGCACCUCUUCCAGGCUCCCUGUAUCCUGUUUCUUCAGGAACUUUUGGCAUGUCAGAAAGAUUUCACCAAUUACUUCUCUCAGAUGGCGGGAAGUGGAAAGGAGAUGAGGGAGCUGGUCAGACACUCAUAUCAUCUGUUAGUGCUCAUGUUAGUGGAGGCGGUGCAGGGCUUCAAUGCAUUGAAUGAAAAGGUCCUGCUGCCUGCCCUGUCAUGUGUGCAGACGUGCUUGCUGCAUUUACUGGAUAUGAGCUGGGAAGCAGAAGAUCUGUCACUGUUUCUGGACAUCAAACUGCCUGAUCUUCUGCUCACCAUGUCUCAGGAAAACAUCAGUGUGCAUGACAUUGCCAUCAGUCAGUGGAAAGAGGAGGAUGAGAUAGCAGACUACGAGAGGAACUGUGAAUGGAUGGACGAGUGUUUGGAUGGCAUGUUUGAGAAAUGGUUUGACAAGAUCGGCCAGGCCUCAGUGGAGGACAAGAGAAAGAUGCACAUGUUCAUUGCACGCUACUGUGACCUGCUGAAUGUAGAGAUCUCAUGUGACGGAUGCGAGCGCAUUGCUCCGUGGCAUCGCUACAGGUGCCUUCAGUGUACAGAUAUGGAUCUGUGCAAGACCUGCUUCCUCAGUGGUGCUAAACCAGAAGGUCACGAGGAUGACCAUGAGAUGGUGAACAUGGAAUAUGCCUGUGACCACUGCCAGGGCCUUAUUGUGGGCAGUAGGAUAAACUGUAACGUCUGCGAGGACUUCGACCUGUGCUUUGGCUGUUACAAUGCCAAAAAAUACCCAGACAGCCAUCUUCCCACCCAUCGCAUCACUGUAUACCCUAUGGUCACCAUCCGCAUCAGUGACCGUCACAGACUGAUUCAGCCCUACAUACACAACUAUUCCUGGCUUCUGUUCGCCGCUCUCGCCCUGUUCACCUCCGAGCUGGUCAGCGAGAGAGAGCAGGAGGGAGAACCUCUAGACGAUGUCACCCUGGGUUAUGCUAGCGCUCUGCAAACCCGCUGCUCUGACCUCAUCAAUGAGUGCCUGCUGAAGGGACAGACUGGGAAAGGUCUGAGAGCCUCUGCCCUGCUGUCUCUGCUUUCAUCGAAUGAAUCGGCCACAGAGAGUGAAAUGUGUCCCCAAACACCCGGCUCCUCUCAAGACAUCAGCAGCGCAGACACUUCAUCUCUGCCCAGCAGCACCACAGCCAUCUGCUCACCGCCGCCAUCUACAGACAGAAAAGAUGGCGGAGUAGAGGGUGAGGAGAAGGUAGAGGAAAAGAAGAGAAGGAAGCUAGUCUCUCAGGACACAUUCGAUUCGUCCAGUGCGAGUCAGACACCUUCUGUGUCUAGUGAGGAAACAUUGUCGCCUGGAGUCGGAGAAUCAAGUGGAGACACUAUCACAUCUCCUAUUUCAGACAACAUGGACGCAUAUAAAGACCAGGAGAAGACAGCCAGAGGACCCCUACAGGAACACGUGUUUGCUGAAUGCUCCCGAGAGAGAAUUCUGGGAUUGUUGGCAGCCAUGUUGCCACCAGCCAAACCAGGCACCACACAAUCUUUGUCCAGUCUGAGUCCUAUUCUGCCAUUGCUCUUUCGGGUGGUCAUCUCAAAUGCUGGCUGUCUGAAUGAAACAUACCACCUAACUCUGGGGCUUCUGGGGCAGCUUUUGCUGAGAAUCUCUCCACAUGAAGCUGAUGCGGCUGUGACUGAGGCACUGACUGACAAAUUUGAGCUGCUGACCCCGGGAGAUGUAGCAGCUGUUGAUGUGCAGGGCUGGAAGACCACUCAGUUGCUCUUUAGUCUGGGUGCAGUGUGUCUGGACAGCCGUAUCGGUUUGGAUUGGGCUUGCUCGGUGGCAGACAUUUUGAGGAACCUGAACGUUUGCCCUCAGUGGUGUGGAGUUGUGGCAUCUUUCACAGAUCACUGCAUCCAACAGUUACCGCGGCAACUCAAAAGAACCAAUCUCUUCACGCUGCUGGUGCUCGUGGGCUUCCCUGAGGUGUUGUGUAUGGGGACUCAGGCUGUGUUCAUAGAUAACGCCAACGAAAAGCAUAACAUGAUUCUCCUUAAACACUUCACUGAGAAGAACAGAGCGGCUGUGGUGGACGUGAAGACGAGGAAGAGGAGAACAGUGAAAGACUACCAGUUAGUCCAGGCACAUGAGUGCAGCACUGGCAGUGAUGUAGAGUCUGAGGGCCGAGCGGCAUCCCCUACCUCGGCCCACCUGAGUCAAUACCUGAAGAACUUCAUCUCCAUCGUCAGUCACCUUCUGCAAGUGGGGGUGGAGAGCAGUGCCCAAGAUGCUGUGGAGGCCACCUGGGUGCUAUCUCUCGCUCUUAAGGGACUCUACAACACACUAAAGAGGCAUGGUGUGGCUCUGGCCCAGGACGCCACUCAAGGCUCUGGUCUUAUGCAGCUCCUGGUCCGUAAGUGCAGUAAGGGCACAGGCUUCAGCAAGAUGUGGCUUCUGCGAGACCUGGAGAUUCUCUCUAUCAUGCUGCACUCAUCCAAACGAGAAAUCCACUCUAUGGCGGAGGACGGAGACACAGAGACGGAUGGAGAAAAGGGAAAAGAGAAGGAGCACGAUUCGGAUCACUCCAGCUGCUGCGCAGACGAUGUGGAUCCAAACCGACCGGAUCCGCUUGAAGGGCUGGAUGAAGAGACUAAGAUGUGUUUUCAGAUUACCCAUGAUGCACUUAACGCCCCACUGCAUAUCUUGAGAGCCAUGUAUGAGCUUCAGAUGAAAAGGACAGACUCUUUCUUUCUUGAAGUGCAGAAGAGGUUUGACGGUGAGGCUAUCAAAACCGACGAGACAAUUCGUAUGCUGGCACAGAAGUGGCAACCAUCUAAAAGACCUCGGUCUGAGGAAAGAAGCACUAAGGCAGUAGAUACAGAUAUAAUCGUCGUGCCCUGUGUGUCUAAACCCACCAGGUGUGAAAAAGCCACAGAAGAAACAAACGUGGUCACGCAGAAGCUCAUCACAAACACUGAGAGCGACCUGCAGCUGAGUUACGCCAAACAGCGUCGCACUAAAAGCUCGGCUCUGUUGCACAAAGAAUUGGACGCGCGCAGCAACAAAGCAGUACGACAGUACCUAUUUAAGGUGAAUGAGGCCAUCGCCAUCCUGUAUGCGCGGCACGUGUUGGCCACGCUGCUGGCUGACUGGCCCGCUGACACUUCCAUUAAAGAGGAAGACCUGGAGCUGAGCGGAGCUUCACACAUGGCGUACAUACUGGACAUGCUCAUGCAGCUGGAGGAAAGACCAAUGUGGGAGAAGAUCUUGCAAAAGGUUCUGAGGGGCUGCAGCCAGAGCAUGCUGGGUAAUCUGUCACUGACAGCGUGUCAGUUUAUGGAGGAGCCUGGGAUGGCAGUGCAAGUCCGGGAAUCCAAGCACCCCUAAGACAACAACACAAACUUUGGGGAUAAGGUGCACAUUCCCGGGGCGAUCUACCUGUCCGUGAAGUUUGACUCGCGCUGUCACACAGAGGAAGGAUGCGAUGAGCUUCUGAUGGCCAGCACCAGUGACUUUCUUCAGGACAUGCACACUUUCAGUGGUUCACAUCAGAAAUGGACAGACUUUGAGAUUCCAGGGGACACAGUUUACUACAGGUUUAUAUCAGAUAUGAGUAACACAGAAUGGGGCUACAAAUUCACUGUGACUGGUGGCCAUCGAGGGCGCUUCCAGACCGGUUUUGAGAUCUUGAAGCAGAUGCUAGCUGAUGAGCAAGCCCUCACUCACCUUCCGCUUUACGACAUCUGGGAGUGGCAGGUGGGCGUGGCCUGUCGUCAAACAGGAAACCAGAGGCUGAAAGCUGUUCACCUGCUACUGCGGCUUCUACAGUGUCCGUCUCAAUGGGGAUGUGACCUUACGCUGCUGAAGCCACUGUGGCAGCUCUUUACUUCUAUGGAAGGUGGUUUGAGUCAAGACCCCACCAGCAUCACGGUUCUCCUUCCUCUCCACCGUGCUCUCACUGAGCUCUUCUUCAUUGCUGAGGCCAAGGCCAUGGAGCAGGGCAUUCUGCAGGAGUACCUUCUUGCUCUCACUACCAAUGAACAGCUGGUAGUGCGAACGGCACAGGCGCUGAAAAACAUAGCAGCCAUCAGCCUGGCCAUUAAUUACCCAAAUAAAUCCACUAAGCUGCUCAACCUGUCCCCCUGAAAGAGAGAUGAAAGAAUGAGAAUGAGAGGAGGGAAGCCUGCCAGAUGCCCACAGGAACGGUCCUCCUCGGUUGAUGGCUGUGAUGGGAUAUCGUCUUCCAGAAAAAUCCACCUGCAAAUCCAGCCCUUCGCUGUUUAGUCAUUAGGUGGGGGGUUAGAGUGACGUCUGCCAUCAUAUUGGUACCAGUUAUGGCCAUCACGGACUCUUUUGUGAAUCAUCUCGGUGUUAUAAUCAGAGUUUGAUUCAUAAUUGCCAACGAAGGUGAAGGAUGUUUUUCUUUUUUUGCUUGUUGUACCUCAGCUUUAACAGUAAAAUCUGUUUGGUGAGGCGUGCCAAAUGUUUCCUUCUCAUCCAUGCGCUGCUCCACGUUUUUUUAAAAGUCACCGAGGGUAAGACAAUCGAUCAAAGUGAAAGCAGGUCACCUUUUCUUGCCUCGCGCACCCUCCGCCGUCUCUCCCUGGACACGCCGCCUAAAAAUAUGAAGCUGCCAGUGCAUUCUCAUUCGUCAGAGUGGCCCGAAACCUCAAACUAGAGUGAAACAAGGUAGAGUGCUCGCUAUAUAUAGAUAUCUGUCCAAACCGUGCGGCCUUCUCUUGAUAUUCACUUUCAAUAGGUUGACUGUAUGUAGUUUGAAUGUUACACUUUAAAAUCAGCUGAUGUUUAAAGUGAUGAAGACUGGAUGACAUGAAAAUAAGUCUCAUUACAUUUGUUUAUGAUCACUUUAUGCAUGAAAGAUGAUGUUCCUAAGAGAAACGAGUUUGAUGUGCCAAUGCAAACACACAAGGCUCUGUUUGACUUAGCUCAGAGCGAUCUCUCCACUCGUGGAUUAGUUGAGAAAUCGAUUAAAAAUUCUCCACACUAAAUAGUUUUAGAUUUGAGACACCGUGCAGAUGUGUUCUUUAACUUCAAGUACAAGGAAAGUCAGUGCUGUCUUACAUUGUCAUGUCCCAGAUUCUUAACACACUUAUAAUGCUGCAUACCACCAUUUCUGUUGAUAGAGAAUAUAACAUGGAAAGUUGAAAUAUCGGUUGGCAUAUCGGUUCACUUUAAUAUUGGUUGAUAAUCAUAAAGAUUUGCCUUUUAUCUAGCCAACUUGAUAGUCAUGCACCAUUUUAACAGUUGUGACGUGGAUGUGUUCCACUAACUUCACAUAUUGCUUAAAAGUAUAUUAUUACAGAAAUGUUCUUGGGUAAAUAUGGAGUGAAAUUUAUGAUUGAGUGAAAUUUGUUGCUAUUUUGCAGGUCAGUGAAAGGUUAUUCUAAUGGUAUCUAAAUAGUAUAUUUUAUUAUUUGUUUUUGUUUUUCCCUUGAGCUUUUUUAUGGAAUCAUAAGUCAUUUCAGCUUGGCUGUUCAGGUCAACGAUCAUUAUUUUUAUUUCAGUUUGAUUCUGUUUUAGUGGAUAAAAGAGUUGAGAGAAUUGUUGGGGAUAUUUAAGCCAAAGAAUUUAUUAUUGAUUAAAAGAGAAGCAUUUUGCGCAAAUACAUAUUUAUCUUCCAGAAGAACGUUGUCAGUGACAGUUUUCUGGGGGUCUUAUAUUGAGGUGUUUGGUGGUAGUGGUGGUGUUGUAAUAGAGAUCUGUUCUGAGGAAACGCAGAUCCUUUAGUCCUUAAUGGUUUUGUUUACAUGUGUAGUAUAGAGCACAUGCAACUUUUGUUGCUCAGCCUCAGUUUGGGUGGAUUUUAAAACGUUUGACAGGAAGACUUCCUGUCUGAAGCCUCAGAUAUUAACAAACAAUGUGCCUAUGUUUGAAGCAAUCCUAAUUUAAUCUUCAUGUCAUUGUAAAGGUGUUCUCCAAUUAUAUUUUUAAAGAAAAUGAUAUAGUUUGAUUUUGAGCAUUUUCUAUUUUAUUUUUAUGAAUGUCUCUCGUUUUUGAGUUCAUGACUUAGAUAUUGCUUUGAAAUUGACAUUGAUUGAAUGUACAUAGCUGUGAAUAUUGAUAAUUGCGUAAAUAAUUGAUCUGAAAAUAAUCAGCCCAUCACUUUAAAGACAUGUAUAUUGUUGUAAGCUUUCACUUUUGAAUUUAUUUGCUUUGUCAUGCAAAAAGAAACGACAAAACUAUGCUAUGGGUUGGUUGUUAAAUUGUUUUUAAUUAAAAAAGCAAGAAAUUCAAUUGCA